UAAUGAUGCCAAUGAAGUAACGUGAUAAACGGUUAUGAUGUGACUAUUGAUACGUACACACGUUUUAUACAUGCUGUAUUAUGUACAUGUUGAUAUACUCAUGUAUUAUACUUGUUCUAGCAACAACCAUUCACACAACAGGCUUUCCCCCAAACACCACCAUGCAACAACACCAUUCAAACACAACUUUGAACAAAAAAGGUAACAUCUCUUAAUUUUGCUCAAUGAUGCCAAUGAAGUAAUGUGAUAAACGGUUAUGAUGUGACUAUUGAUACGUACACACAUUUUAUACAUGCUGUAUUAUGUACAUGUUGAUAUUCUCAUGUAUUAUACUUGUUCUAGCAACAACCAUUCACACAACAGGCUUUCCCCCAAACACCACCAUGCAACAACACCAUUCAAACACAAGCCCAUAAAAACACUUCUGACUCGUGUAGAAAGGCUUCGCAAGAGAAUGAAAGCUGUUCGAAGCACAAACGGGCUUUAAAUGCAUAUUAUGUAUGAUUGUCAGGUGUCCACAUACUUUCAGCUUUAUAGUGUAAAUACACUGUUUGGUAUGUGCUGUGUUACAUACAUGUUCGUAGACUCAUGGAUUUUACUUAUUCUAGCAACAACCAUUCACACAACAGGCUUUCCCCCAAACACCACCAUGCAACAACACAAUUCAAACACAACUUUGAACGAAAAAGGUAAUAUCUCUUAAUUUUGCUUAAUGAUGCCAAUGAAGUAAUGUGAUAAACGGUUAUGAUGUGACUAUUGAUACGUACACACGUUUUAUACAUGCUGUAUUAUGUACAUGUUGAUAUACUCGUAUUAUACUUGUUCUAGCAACAACCAUUCACACAACAGGCUUUCCCCCAAACACCACCACGCAACAACACCAUUCAAACACAACUUUGAACGAAAAAGGUAAUAUCUCUUAAUUUUGCUUAAUGAUGCCAAUGAAGUAAUGUGAUAAACGGUUAUGAUGUGACUAUUGAUACGUACACACGUUUUAUACAUGCUGUAUUAUGUACAUGUUGAUAUACUCAUGUAUUAUACUUGUUCUAGCAACAACCAUUCACACAACAGGCUUUCCCCCAAACACCACCAUGCAACAACACCAUUCAAACACAACUUUGAACGAAAAAGUAACAGACAUAAACACAACAGGCUUUCCCCCAAACACCACCAUGCAACAACACCCAAAUUCAAGCAUAACCAUGACUACAGCAGAUAACCUAAACUCAAGCACCCCUGACCCCACACGCAAUGGCUCCACCAUGAACACAAGCUCACCCACACUCAUGCCCACCACAGCACCAGAUACACCCGUAAAGUGCAACUACGAUCUUACAGAAGGAGCUGAAAGGUUUGAAGUGAAUGUAUCUGCAAAGAAUUACACCAUUAAUCUCACAGACACAGAUGGAAACAUGAUCCCACUACAGUCAAUGUCUUCUACAAUACCAUUUAAAUUAUUAAAGCCUUGCCGGAGUUAUAACCUCACGGUUCAUCCUGACUGUGCACGUCAGGGAAAUGGACCCUUUAAAACAAGAUCCUUAUAUGCCUCAGAUGUAACCCCCAAGAUCAAUGAAUCACACGUGUGUUUUGAGACCAUAUGGGCUUUGAACCAUUGUAUUGAGAUCAGUAAGGACAACUCCUGCACAAACAUUAACCUGAGUUUUCAAGACGACUCCUGCAAAACGUCGAUACCUUUCACUCUCCCCCCAGUAAAGCCUGUUAUUACUUCUGAAAACAAAAUUCCUGCGGAAUUGCAUUGGCAAGACCGGCCUCAAUCUUGCAAUGGAAGCUUCAGCUACAACUGCACAGAUGCAGAAUCAACAGAGAAAGUUGAAAAAUUGAAACCUAAUACAACUUAUAAAUGCACUGGGAUAUAUCAUUAUGGCAAUGGAACAAUUACAAGUGACCCCCUCACAGUAAAAAUUACAUGCAAUAUAAGUGAACCCAGCAUCUCCAGUAAAACUCAUAACAGCAUAGAAGUAUCCUGGGAUAAAAGUAGAAAUUGCCAAGGCUUGGAAUUCGUUGCUGAAGUGAAAAACGACAAAGGUCAGCGUGAGAAAACUGCAAAGAUCAAUGAUAAAUCUACCCAUAACUUUACUCCUUUGGAUCCCUUUAAAAGCUACACGUUGAUAUUUACAGCAAAGUAUGAAAUGCAAGUAAUUUUCAGUCGUGAAAAACCAACUGAAACAUUGAGUUCAGAACCCACAAUACAAAUGUUCAAGGUAGAAAGAGCUGAACAUAAUGCUUUCAAAGUGACAUGUAAUUUGGAAUCAAGAAGUUGGAAUGGGCUUAAGGGACAUUUUUAUGCAAAGGUCUAUCAACCUCAUGAGAAGAAAAACAUACCGGUAUCCUCAAAAGAAUGUGACUUUAAGUUUAAAGACCUCUACUACUCAACAGAAUACACAAUUGAGGUUUAUGCCAUAAAUGGAAAUGGCAACCAAUCUAAGAGCCACACAGAAAAACAUUGGACUAAAUACAAUGACAAAGCUGUUCUUGGAUUCCUGAGCUUUCUCAUUAUUCUCACGUCGGUCGCACUCCUGUUUGUCUUGUACAAAAUCUACCUUCUAAAGAAGAAAAAGUCAAGGAACGAGCAAGAAAUGGAUGACCUUCUGCCGCCGACUCCACUGUACCAGGUGGAACCCAUGAGUGCUGAAGCUUUGCUGGAGGCAUACAAGGAGAAAAGGGCUGAUGAGGGACGUCUGUUCAUGGACGAAUUUCAGAGUGUUCCACGUAUUUACUCCAAUUAUACAAUCAGAGAGGCCAAAAAAACAGAAAACCAAUCAAAGAAUCGCUACGUUGACAUUCUUCCCUAUGACUAUAAUCGUGUUCCUCUCUCUCAUGGAGGAACAGGUGACUACAUCAACGCCAGUUUUAUUGAGGGUUAUAAGGAAACCAACAAAUAUAUUGCAGCUCAAGGACCCAAGGAAGAGACAGUUGGAGAUUUCUGGAUGAUGAUCUGGGAACAAAACACUUCGAUUAUUGUCAUGGUAACCCGUUGUGAAGAAGGAAACAAGAACAAGUGUGCUCAGUACUGGCCCUCACUAGAGAGAGAAACAGAGAUUUUCGAUGACUUGGUUGUGAAAAUCAAGGGAGAAGAAAAGUGCCCGAAUUACAUAAUUCGCCACCUGACCCUGAUGAAUCGGAAAGAGAAGGCAGCAGAACGAGAAGUCACUCACAUCCAGUUCACAAGCUGGCCUGAUCACGGUGUCCCCACUGAUCCUGGCCUGCUCCUUAAACUCCGCCGCAGAGUCAAUUCCUUCAAAAACUUCUUCAGUGGACCUAUUGUCGUUCACUGCAGCGCUGGAGUUGGACGCACAGGGACCUAUAUCUGUAUUGAUGCUAUGAUUGAGAGUCUGGAGGCAGAAGGACGUGUGGACAUUUACGGAUAUGUGGUCAAACUUCGCCGCCAGAGAUGUCUCAUGGUUCAAGUAGAGGCCCAGUAUGUGCUCAUCCACACGGCACUGAUCGAGUACAGUCAGUUUGGCGAGACGGAAAUGUCACUCUCAAAUUUCCACUCAGAGGUCAACACACUCAGACAGAAGGAGGGAAAUGAGUUGUCUUUGAUAGAGGAGGAGUUUCAGAAACUUCCAAAAUUCAGAAACUAUAGAUCAUCCAAUACGGCACGCACCGAGGAGAAUAAGAAGAAAAACCGCACCUCUAUUGUGCCAUAUGACUUCAACAGAGUCCCAGUUAAAGUGGAGGAUGAAGCCAGCCAUGACAGCGAGGCUGAGGAUGAGGAUGAAUAUUCCUCAGAUGAAGACGAUGAAGUUCCCACCAAAUAUGUCAAUGCGUCAUAUGUGGAUGGAUACUGGUACCCGAGGAGCAUCAUUGCUGCACAGGGACCUAUGGCUGACACAGUUCCUGAUUUUCUGCACAUGCUUGACCAGAAGCAGGUUAAAGCUGUGUUCAUGCUCUCUAAUUGCACUGAGGAUGACAAGGAGUUCUGCUCCCAGUAUUGGGAUGACGACAAUAAGAAAACAUUUGGGGAGAUGGUGGUGGAGGUCAAAGAGACUGAAAACACUCCUACAUACAUCAGACGGUGCCUAGAAAUACAGCAUACGAAGAGGAAAGACAGCCACACACUGCAACAGUACCACUUCCUGAAAUGGGCGGGUCAUGAGCUCCCAGCCAAACCUAUCGACUUGAUUGAUAUGAUAAAGAGUGUCAGACAGAGCAGUGAGAACAGGAGCAGCAAUGUGCCCAUUUUAGCACACUGCAAUGAUGGCUCAACACGUUCUGGAAUCUUCUGCGCCUUGUGGAAGCUUCUGGACAGUGCAGACACAGAGAAGCUAGUAGACAUCUUCCAGGUGGCCAAGGACCUACGCAAGGCUCGUCCGGGCAUGAUCAACACGCUGGAGCAGUAUGAGUUCCUGUAUGCUGCCCUGGAGGCGGCCUUCCCCGUGCAGAACGGCGAGGUGAAGAAGCCCAGUGAAGCACCUGCUGACUCUGUGCAGGUUGUUAAUGAAUCAACAGCACUGAUCAGUCCCAACACAGACGCUGCUGCCAAGGAGAGCACCAAAGAAGGCAGUGACUCAGCGUCGCCUGAAGAGGGAGCCACUGAGGCUAGCAGCGAGCCAGAGAAAGGCCUGAGUGAAAGCACCACCAACGGGCCUACUGUUACUGUAGAAGUUUAAACUAUUAGAUCAUAAUUGCAGCCUGCUUUGUAUUUCAGUUUCUUUUUUACAGAAAAAAAGAAAAGAAAAAAAGUUUUUUUUAAUUUAAAGACUGCUUAUUUGACACACUGUAAAAAAAAUUCAAAUGGAAAGUCUAAUUUUUUUGACAUUGAGUUUGAGUUUUGUUGUAUUUAACGACAGUAUUAAUUUAAUUAACAGAAAACAUGAAAAAACAUUCAGAGAAACAACAACCAUCUGCUUCAGUGUUUUAUAUAUAUGUUUUUUUUUCAUUCACAGUGGUGUAUUUUAAUGCAACAUGUUCAAUCUUCACAAGGACCAGUUAUAUGCAUUUAGUUCCACAUCUUUGCUUUUAAUCGUGCUCUUUCCAUCUUUCAACUGCAUGCUUGAAUGUACUGUAAAUGGAAAGCUUUUGCUCAUGUUCACUGUAUAUCUAUAUAUAUAUUGAGAUAUAUUUUGUUAAAAACAAAUCUAAGUUAUGAAGUUGCGAAUGUAUUCAUAUUCACAGUUAUGCAAAGAUUCCUUUGCACUACACUUGUAUCUUCAAACUAUCUGAUUGGUGUGAUUCUCAUUCUCAUUCAUAUGAUAUAAUAAGAUAAUUAUGGCUUUCCGAUGUUAGUUGUUAAUUGGAAAAAAAUUAAUAAAGGAAAUUAAUAUGUUACUAUGUAAUGGACUUGCAUGGACUUGGAAAAAAGUUGGAUUUUAAAGCAGAUCAGAUAAUGAGGAACGUUAGCAUGUAGGUAACUCUUAUGUGGGUUUGUAGGACACUUCAGAUGCAGAACCUCACUAUCUUGUUUCCCUCCAAAGAAAGGAAGAAAAGAAGAAAGAAAGAAACGUUGAGUUUGGGUUGCAACAACAUCCUGUGCAAAUGGGAACAAACAUACAAAGUGUCAAAUGGAGAUUUUACUGUAAUAAUAUCAACGCUGUCAAUGUUUCAUCUUAUUUCACUAAUAAACAUGUUAUAAGUUUUUCCUUAUUACUAGUACAUUCAUAAAUAAAGUAUCUACCUUUUGUCCAGUU